GCCAACCCGGGAGGGAGGAGAGCGCGAGGGAGACAAACACAGCCCGCGAGGGCGUGGCUCUGCUGGGCAUCUCACAGGAGGGGUCUCUGGGUCAGUGGCUGUGGAGCCGCCCCGCCCCAGCGACUGACCUGAGCGAGGCUAGAGAGGGCAGACACUUCCUAAGCAAGCAGCGGAGCUUGGGAAGGAAAUCACAGAUCUAAGAAACAGAAGCCUAGGAGAAGCAAAGGACUCCCAGGAGCCUUGCUUUCAGGGCUCCCUCAAGCACUGUUUGAAGACCUGUCACUUGGGAGAAAAUACAAAUUUGGAAAUGUUGGCUUCCCCAGAAACAAAGGGUCUUGUCCCUUUCACAAGAGAGUCUCUUGAGUUAAUAAAACAGCACAAGGCUAAAAAGCACAGUGAAGAACACGAAGAGGAAGACUUAAAACCAAGCCCAGAUUUGGAAGUUGGAAAAGAACUUCCAUUUACUUAUGGAAAACUUCCCCGUGGAAUGGUGUCUGAACCCUUGGAAGAUGUUGACCCAUACUACUAUGUGAAGAGAAAUACUUUCAUGAUAUUAAAUAAGAACAGAAUAAUAUUCAGAUUCAAUGCCAUCUCCAUCCUGUGUACACUGUCUCCUUUCAACCCCAUCAGAGGAACAACCAUAAAGGUUUUGGUGCAUCCCUUUUUCCGGCUGCUAAUUUUAACUAGUGUCCUCAUUGACUGCAUACUUAUGUCCAUGUUUAAUCCACCACAAUGGGUACUAGCAAUAGAAAAUACUUUGCUUGGAGUUUAUACAUUUGAAAUUCUUGUAAAAGUCACUGCAAGAGGCAUAUGGGCAGGAUCUUUUUCAUUCCUCGGUGAUCUAUGGAAUUGGCUCGAUUUCAGUAUAACCUUGUUUGAGAUUAUAACAAGGUAUUCACCUCUAAGCUCCAUAGUACUGCUUAAAAAUGUAAGAACGUUCAGAAUUUUGAAAAUUAUUCCUUUAAACCAAGGUCUGACGUCUGUGGUAAGGACUCUCACCCAGUGCUUGAAGAGACUCAUGGGUGCCAUAUUCCUAGCUUUGUUUUUUCUGGGCACAUUUUCUCUACUCGGGAUGGGGCUCUUCAUGGGCAACCUGAAGCACAAGUGUUUGCGAUGGCCCCAGGAAAAUGGAAAUGAAACCUUCCACAACAGAACCAUGCACCUGUAUUACAUUUCAGAAAGAGAAAAUUUUUACUACUUGGAUGGAGAAAGAUACGCUCUUCUUUGUGGCAACAGAACAGAUGCUGGCCAGUGUCCUGAAGGAUAUGUCUGUGUAAAAGAUGGCACAAAUCCAGACCAUGGCUUCACAAAUUUUGACAAUUUUGGCUGGGCCUUACUUGCCCUAUUUCGAUUAAUGACCCAGGAUUACCCAGAAGCACUUUAUCAUCAGAUCCUUUAUGCUUCUGGAAAAGUCUACAUGGUAUUUUUUGUUGCUGUAAGUUUCUGUUUUGCCUUUUACAUGGCAAGUUUAUUCUUGGGCAUAAUUGCUAUGGUCUAUGAAGAAGAAAGGCAGAGAGCUACAGAAAAACCCAAGAAGACUGGAUCCCCGUUUCAACAGACUGCAAAAGAACAUGAGGCAGGAAAUGAAGCAGCUGAGACAAAAACCACACAAAUAGAAAUGAAGCAAAGGUCACCAACUUCCCUGGAAGCAUCAUUGCAUGUGAUGGAAGAAGCUACUCUCAAACAUGAAGAAGAGCUUAAAACAUCCAGAAAGAAAUGCCCAUUGUGCUGUUAUAAAUUUGCUAAAACCUUGUUGGUUUGGAAUUGCUGUCCUUGUUGGAUAAAACUGAAGGAAUUUGUCCAUAAAAUUAUUACAAACCCUUUUAGUGAUCUUUUCCUUCUCACAUGCAUACUGUUAAAUAUAUGCUUCUUGGCUCUGGAACAUUUUCCAAUGAGCCAAGAAACUAUGUGUCUCCUCAGCAUCGGAAAUCUGGUUUUCAUAGGAAUUUUUACAGCAGAAAUGAUUUUGAAAAUAGUUGCCAUGCACCCAUAUGAGUAUUUUCAAAUAAAAUGGAACAUGUUUGAUAGUGUAAUUGUGUUCCUUGGAUUAGCAGAAAUUUUUCUGGCAAAUCUUGAAGGAAUGGCUCUUUUUCGGUUAUUCAGGAUGAUGCGAAUUUUCAAGUUAGGGAAAUAUUGGCCAGCAUUUGAGACUCUGGUGCGGACUCUAGCUAACUCACUCAUCACCCUGAAGGACUUGAUCCUGCUGUUAUUCAUAUUUGUCUACUUCUCUGCUGUGUUUGGCAUGAAACUGUUUGGUGAGAGUUACAGAGCUUGUGCCUGCCGUAUUGACAAAGACUGUCAACUCCCACGCUGGCACAUGAGUGACUUUUUCCACUCCUAUCUGAAUAUGUUUCGAAUUCUCUGUGGAGAGUGGAUAGAGACCUUAUGGGACUGCAUGGAAGUGGCAGGCCAACCCUGGUGCAUAUCUUUUUACAUGGUGGUCAUUUGUAUUGGGAAUUUAUUGAUGUUUUAUCUGUUUGUGGCAUUGGUGAGCUCAUUUAGUUCAUCCAAAGAAACAACAAUAGAAGAGAAUAAUGAAGUAAAAAAUAUCCAGUUUGCAAUGGCCAGGAUAAAGAAAGGGCUUCGUGAAAUACUAUGCAGAGAGAAAAAUGCUCCAAAGAAAACUCCGGACCAUGCAAAUGAUACAUAUGCAACUGAGAAUGCGUCUGGCCAUACACUUUCUGACCUGAGCAACACCCAAGUUUUUCUCAAGGAGAAUGAAAAGAGCAGUGCUACAGAGAAAACUCCAGUGACGGAAACUGAGAGCCAGUCACUAAUCCCGAGCCCCAGCAUAUCAGAAACUGUUCCUAUUGCUUCAGGAGAAUCUGAUAUAGAAAAUCUGGAUAAGAAAGAGAUUCGGAGCAUGUCAGGCAAUGGAGACAGCAGAGAGAAGAUAAAGCAAUCUAGCUCAUCUGAGUGUAGCACUGUUGACAUUGCUAUUUCUGAAGAAGAAGAUAUGGUCUAUGAACGUGAAAGGCCAAAGCAUCUUAAGAAUGGUCAUGGACGAAGAUCUUCAUCUGGUCAAGUCAGUAGAGGAUCUAGGAAAGGAAAAAUUUGGCAGAAUAUAAGGAAAACCUGCUGCAAGAUAGUAGAAAACACUUGGUUUAAGUGUUUCAUUGGACUUGUUACUCUGCUCAGCACAGGCACACUGGCUUUUGAAGAUAUAUAUAUUGAUCAGCGAAAAACUAUUAAAAUCUUAUUAGAAUAUGCUGAUAUGAUCUUCACUUACAUCUUCAUUCUGGAAAUGCUUCUAAAGUGGAUGGCAUAUGGCUUUAAAGCCUAUUUCACAAAUGGCUGGUAUAAGCUGGACUUCAUAAUUGUUAUUGUGUUCUGUCUUAGCCUAAUAGGCAAAACUCGGGAAGAAUUAAAGCCACUGACUUCCAUUAAGUUCCUUCGAGCACUCAGAGUUCUCUCUCAAUUUGAAAGAAUGAAGGUUGUUGUGAGAGCAUUGAUCAAAACAACUUUACCCUCUUUGGGUGUGUUUCUGUUCUGCCUGUUGAUCUGGCUGCUUUUCAGCAUCAUGGGAGUCCAUUUAUUUGCUGGCACCUUCUAUGAGUGCAUUGAUCCAACUAGUGGAGAAAUCUUUCAUGUUUUUGAGGUUAUGAAUAAGAGUCAAUGUGAAAGCAUUGUUUUUAAUGAAUCUAUGCCAUGGGAGAAUGCAAAACUGAAUUUUGAUAAUGUUGGAAAUGGUUUCCUUGCUCUGCUUCAAGUUGCAACAUUUAAUGGGUGGCUCACAAUUAUGAACUCAGCAAUAGAUGCUGUUGGUGUAAAUAUGCAACCUAUUUUUGAAUAUAACCUCUACAUGUAUAUUUACUUCAUCAAUUUCAUCAUCUUUGGAUUAUUUCUCCCUCUGAGUAUGCUAAUUGGUAAUAUUAUUGCUAAUUUCAACAAGCAGAAAAUAAAGCAGGGAGGUUCAAAUAUCUUUAUAACAGUAAAACAGAAAAAACAAUACCGUGCCUUGAAGCGACUGAUGUAUGAAGACUCUCCAAGACCAGUACCUCGGCCUGGAAACAAAUUCCAAGGACUCAUUUUUGACCUGGUAACAAGUCAUAUUUUUAAUGUCAUUGUAGUAGUCCUUAUCUGUUUCCAAGCAAUGACCGUUAUGAUGCAAAAUGACGAACAGAGCCCACAAAUGAAAAGUGCUCUGUAUUGGAUGAAUUCCUUUUUUGUCACGCUGUAUACCUUGGAAUGUAUAUUGAAGCUCAUCGCCUUCCAUUGCUACUAUUUCACCAUUGUCUGGAAUGUUUAUGAUUUUAUGGUGGUCAUUUUCUCCAUUACAGGACUUCUGCUGCCUAUGACAAUAGGAUACUACUUUGUGCCUCCUUCUCUUGUGCCACUGAUUCUUCUCUCACGGAUCAUCCAUAUCCUGCGACUUGGGAAGGGACCAAAGGUGUUCCAUGAUCUGAUGCUGCCUUUGAUGCUGUCCCUGCCAGCACUGCUGAACAUCGGUCUCCUCAUCUUCCUAGUCAUGUUUACUUAUGCCAUCUUUGGAAUGUACAACUUUGCCUAUGUCAGGAAAGAAGCGGGAAUUAAUGAUGUGUCCAACUUUGAAACCUUUGGAAACAGCAUGCUCUGUCUUUUUCAAGUGAUGAUAUUUGCUGGUUGGGAUGGGAUGCUGGAUGCAAUUUUUAGUACUCAAUGGUCUGACUGUGAUCCUGAUAAAAUUAACCCUGGGACUCAAGUUAGAGGAGACUGCGGUAACCCUUCAGUGGGGAUUUUCUAUUUUGUGAGUUAUAUCUUCAUAUCAUGGCUAAUCAUUGUCAAUAUGUACAUCGCUGUGAUCAUGGAGUUUCUAAGUAUUUCUUCUAAGAAAAAAGCUAGGACCUUGAGUGAAGAUGAUUUUAGGAAGUUCUUUCAGGUUUGGAAGAGAUUUGAUCCUGAUAGGACCCAGUACAUAGACUCUAGCAAGCUGUCAGAUUUUGCAGCUGCUCUUGAUCCUCCACUUUUCAUGGCCAAGCCAAACAGGGGCCAGCUCGUGGCUAUGGAUCUACCAAUGGCAGUUGGGGACAGAAUUCAUUGCCUUGACAUCUUACUUGCCUUUACAAAAAGAGUUAUGGGGAAAGAUGAGAGGGUAGAGAAACUUCUGUCAGAGAUAGAAUCAGGGUAUAUGUCAGCUAACCCUUUCAAAAUCACAUAUGAACCAAUUACAAGUACUCUGAAACGCAAGCAAGAGGCAGUUUCUGCCACCAUCAUUCAACGUGCUUAUAAAAGUUACCGCUUGAGGCAAAAUGACAAAAAUGCAUCAGAUGUUCAUGUAAUAGAAGAUGACAGAGUUGCUCAUCCUUCUAAACAGGGAAUCCAACUUUACAAAACUAAGGAAAAGUCAGCUAUUCAAAGCCAGAUCUGACCCUGAUUCCUACCCCUACAUUCUUCAUAUAUCCCCACAAUGUUAAAAGCUUAAGUACAAUUCUAGGGCAUUGAUUAGAAAGUAGAAAUAAUGAUCAAUUUUAAGUUAUAGAAGUUAAUUGUAUGUUCACAAGUCUCUAUGUCAAAUUCACUUAUUUCCUCCACAUUUUUAUGUUCAGUCUAACCAAUCAGGAAACACACUCUUUUAAUACUGCUGAAGUUAGGUGAAGCAAUGUGCCAUUUGAAAACCUGAUAUGGUUUUCUCUAUGUGGCUUGUCUACCAUCCCCAUGAUUGAGAAUGGCAGGGGGAGAUUGUAAAGAUUAGCCACAAAAGAGAUUUCAUUGAGAACUUCAUGUGCAAUUUAAUGGGCUAGGUCAACACUAUUUUAGGUAUGUGAGUAAAUUUUUGAUAUUAGGUAAUGUUUCAUAUAUAGGAAAACAUUACAUGAAGUCAUAAACUUGAAAAAACAAAUGCUAAAUUGGUGGAAGGAAAAAUACAGUUAUGUAGAAGGUGCUUUUGAAUAGAAAGUUUUUUGCCACUUUAAACCACAUUUGAAAAGAUGGAUUGAAGCCCUAUACAUAUUUUUUGUCUUUCUUUACUUCUUGACUUUGGUGUUGUUACUGUCUGCGUUUCUGACAGUGAGAGUGUUUCUUCAUGACUCUCACCCUCCAGGUGUAUCAUCUCUCUGGCCAGCUUGGUUUAAGCUCCAGAUAGCAAAAAUGUUGGAUUCAUAAAACAAGAAGCAUAUGACCUCAUUUUUUCAAUUUUCUUCAUAUUCAUACUUUUUUGAAAAGUAUACAUUUACUAAAAUUACAAUAGGUUAUAUGUUUAUAGACAUAAGCUUUAUCCUAUUAAAAACAGCUCUAUUUUUACCGUGUAUCUAUAUAGCAGAUUUUUAUCAUUUAUCUAUAUAACAGAUGCAUGCUACAGUAUGAAUUAGAAGAGUUGAUGACUACCAGUAUGUCUAGAGAAUUUUCGUGUUGAUCUUUAAUUGGUAAAUGAGUCACUUCAACAUACUUUUCACUGUACUUUAUGUCACUAAUUAAUUCAAUAAAAUUAUCAUCCAUACUAU